AUGGCUCCGGCGCCAACCAAGAACGUAUACGACCUGGAGCGCUUGUCGGCAGUGAGUGUGAGCAUCAACAAGGACCCUGGCCAAGAUGGAUACACGAGUGCCAAAACUCCCGAUGGUAACACUGUAGAGCUCGAAGGUGGCGCACUGCGUCCGGGAGGCAUGCCAGUGUUAACUAACAAAGACACUAUCGGCCUACUAUUCCAGUACGCUGCUGUCGGAGUUGUGUACGGUAUGCUUCCCGAGACGAUCUACCCGUUCAUGCAGGAGUACCUCAAUUGCAGUGGCGCGCAAGUUGCUGCUGCCAAAGAGCUCGUGGUGCUUCCCUGGAGUUUCAAGGUGUUUUUCGGCAUCAUUUCCGAUUGUUUCCCCAUCUACGGGUACCGCCGUCGUCCGUACAUGCUCAUCGGGUGGACGGUGUGCAUUAUCAUGCGUCUGGUCAUGGCUAUCAUACCAAUUGGCAAGCCGUACUACACCGUCGCUUCCGACCGUGAUAUCGACACUGCGGAUUAUACCCCUGACAUCGAGGCGCGCAUUAACUAUGAUGCCCCUAGUGAAGGUGCUAAGUACGUGAUCAUCAUGUUCUUCGCCGCAGUAGGGUACGUCUUCUCGGAUGUCUGCUCAGAUAGUAUAGUGUGCGAACUGGCUCAACGGGAACCCAUUGCCUUGCGAGGGAAAACUCAAUCAGCCAUUUACGCAGUGCGUUAUGUCGUCGUGAUCCUCGGUGAACUACUUGUAGGGUUCUGCUUUAAUGGAGAGGAAUACGGUGGAGACUUCGAUUUCUCUCUGAGUUUCCCCCAACUCAUGAUCAUCAUGACGGUGUUAACUGUACCGGCACUCCCUAUCACGUGGUUCUUCAUCAAAGAAGAGAAAAGGGAACGCGCUGACUUCCGCAAGUACAUCAACGAGUUCUGGGAUUUGUUGUGCACGCGUGUUGUCUACCAAAUCAUCGCGUACCAUUUCUUUGCCGGCAUUUUCUCGAGUAUUUCAUACACGGCAAGCUCGCCCGUGCAGUCGUACAUGGUGGAUGUGACGCCCAUUAACAGCACGCUGAACGAUGUUCUCGGUCACGUGUGCUUCUUGAUCGGCAUUAUGGUAACUUCCAAGUACGGACUCCACUGGAACUGGCGAGGAAUGAUCGUUUGGACGGGGCUUGUCGUUAUCAUAGUCGACUGCGCUGUUGCUCUUAUCACCGUUUGGGAUGUGUUUCGCAGCCAGUGGUUCUGGCUUGGCCCUCCGAUUGCAGUACAGAUCCCCAGCGGUGUAGCUUGGAUCAUCGCACUGUUCGUGACGGUCGAGAUUGCGGGUGUGGGCAAUGAAGGCGCGGUGUAUGGUCUUGUGACGACGGUAGGCAACUUGGCAUCUCCCUUUGCAACAACGCUUACUCUUCUCAUCGAUGGGCCGUUCAACAUCACCAACACACGCGUACUAGCCGACGACCACUCUGUCCGUAUGGACAUCACGUACACGAUCAUCAUCUCGUACGUCAUGACCAUAUUCUCGUGGGUCUUCUUAUUCCUAUUGCCCAAACAGAAGGAGGACACGCAAGAACUCGCACGCACAGGCGGGUCCAAGGUGGCUUGACCACCGCCUACCUAUCGUUCUCACUAGUCUGGUCCGUUACCGUCAAUACACUUCGUGUCUGGCGGCACCGGAUGCUAA